AUGCCUGAAGAAUUGAACCAUGGAGAGGAGGAGGUGGAGACUUUUGCCUUUCAGGCAGAAAUUGCCCAGCUUAUGUCACUCAUCAUCAAUACUUUCUAUUCCAACAAGGAAAUCUUCCUUCGAGAGUUGAUCUCUAAUGCUUCUGAUGCCUUGGACAAGAUUCAUUAUGAGAGCCUGACAGAUCCUUCCAAGUUAGACAGUGGUAAAAAGUUAAAAAUUGACAUCAUCCCUAACCCUCAGGAAUGAACUCUGACCUUGGUGUACACAGGCAUUGGUAUAACCAAGGCUGAUCUCAUAAAUAAUUUGGGAACCAUUGCACUAAAGCAAGACCAGACAGAGUAUUUGGAAGAGAGGCGGGUGAAAGAAGUAGUGAAGAAGCACUCCCAGUUCAUAGGCUAUCCCAUCACACUUUAUUUGGAGAAGGAACCAGAGAUGGAAAUCAGCAAUGAUGAGGCAGAAGAAGAGAAAGGUGAGAAAGAAGAAGAUAAAGAUGAUGAAGAGAAACCCAAGAUCGAAGAUGUGGGCUCAGAUGAGGAGGAUAACAGCAGUAAGGAUAAGAAAAAGAAAACCAAGAAGAUUAAGGAAAAAUACAUUGAUCGGGAAGAAUUAAACAAAACCAAGCCCAUUUGGACCAGAAACCCUGAUGACAUCACCCAGGAGGAAUAUGGAGAAUUCUACAAGAGCCUCACCAAUGACUGGGAAGACCACUUGGCAGUCAAGCACUUUUCUGUAGAAGAGUAUGUCUCUCGCAUGAAGGAAACACAGAAGUCCAUCUAUUACAUCACUGGUGAGAGCAAAGAGCAGGUGGUCAACUCUGCAUUUGUGAAGCAAGUGUGGAAGUGGGGCUUUCAGGUGAUAUAUAUGACUGAGCCCAUUGAUAAGUACUGCAUGCAGCAGCUCAAGGAGUUUGAUGGGAAGACCCUGGUCUCAGUUACCAAGGAGAGCCUGGAGCUACCCGAGGAUGAGAAAGAGAAGAAGAAAAUGGAAGAGAGCAAGGCAAAGUUUGAGAACCUCUGCAAGCUUAUGAAAGAAAUCUUGGAUAAGAAAGUCGAGAAGGUGACGAUCUCCAAUAAGCUUGUGUCUUCACCCUGCUGCAUCGUGACCAGUACCUACGGCUGGACAGCCAACAUGGAGCAGAUCAUGAAAGCCCAGACACUUCGGGACAACUCCACAAAGGGCUAUAUGAUGGCAAAAAAACACCUGGAGAUAAACCCUGACCACCCCAUUGUGGAGAUGCUGUGGCAGAAGGCUAAGGUGGACAAAAAUGACAAGGCUGUCAAGGACCUGGUGGUGCUGCUGUUUGAAACUGCACUGCUCUCCUCUGGCUUCUCCCUUGAGGAUCCCCAGACCCACUCCAACCGCAUCUAUCGCAUGAUCAAGCUAGGCCUAGGCAUUGAUGAAGAUGAAGUGACAGCAGAGGAACCCAGUACUGCUGUUCCUGAUGAAAUCCCACCCCUUGAAGGUGAUGAGGACGCAUCUCGCAUGGAAGAAGUAGAUUAGGAGUUUAUACUUAGAAACCUUUUGCCCUCUGUAUGGUGUUACCCAUGGUUCC